CUUAUCAGCAGCUUCUGCAGAAAAUUUUUUUUGCUACGUCGAUGCGACGGACACGGCUUGCGUCCCACCACGACGAACUCCGAUUUUUCCGACGUAAUGUCAGAGAAACUCUCGUUGCAAUAGUCUGAGGUAGUGUCGGAAGACGACGCGUCCGCCAUUUUUAAAUAAUCUCGCUCGUGGCGUCACGACUCACGACUCGUGUCUUACGACCUGGAGCACGACGAGUCGUAGGCGUAGGUAGGCGGGAGACGAAGAGGAUCAUAUCGCGUAUAAGUCGGUUCCGAUUCUUUUUUUAACUCCUUUUUUGCUAUAAAUGAUAUACUCACUACACACGUGCGCGGAAUCUCGUGGCUCACUAUCAUCUGUCAUAUUGUGUGUAUUAGUUAUAGAUAAGGAGAAUACCUAAGGAUAAUAGAUUUUUGUAUCAAAGUAUUAUACAUAAACAUAAUUUAUUAUAAAUAAAUAAUAUGAAAUUAUAAAAAAUGGAUAUUACGCUGGAUGAUAAAUUGAACGUGCUGCAGCAAAUAAGUCAGCGGAAGCUUGUAGAUAUAUUGGAUAGCAUUCCAGGCACAAAAGAUCUGAUAAUAGAACAGAAAUUGAUGAAGAUACUGGAUAGUUUUGUAGGAGUGACUGUAUUAAAGCGAUAUGGAGUGGACAAAAUCUAUAAGAUGGAAGAAGGAUUAAAACCAUCAAACAGUCAACGAAUAUUUUUAGUAUCUAACAAUUUAAUCACAUGCAAGAGGGUUCUAGAUCAAAUACAAUCUGAAAUAUCUCAUGUUACCAGGCUUCAUGUCGAAGUGUGCCAUCAUUUGUUGGUCGUGCCAUUUGUUCCAGCUGUGUUACAUAAUCUAGUCGAAGAGGAAGGUUUGGCUGAGUUAGUUAGAUUGCAGACACUAUCUGUAGAGUUCGUAAAACUAGAUGGAAACGUUUUAUCCUUGGAAAGUCCAAUGUUCAUUGAUCUCUAUUACCAUAAGGAUAUCAGUCUUCUUCGAGCAUUAGCACACAACUUGUGGUCAUUGCAAUUGAUAUUAGGUUCACCAAGAUUCUCACUUCUUGUCGGCAAGCAUAGUCAGCAAGUGGGCAAACUGAUGGAAUCUAUGGAAGAAUGUUUAGGUUCGUCCAGCUUAGAAAACGAGAUCGGUGCUCUAAUCGUGAUGGACAGGAGUUUCGAUCUGACGACGACUCUCUUGACACCUGUCACAUAUUCGGGCCUGUUGAACGAAGUUACAGAGGUGAAUGUCGGCACGGCAAUGCUGGGAAAAUCUCAAGCGAAAUUGGACCCAGAUAAAGAUCAGAUCUAUGGACAAGUAAGAGAUACACCUUGCAGCGACGUUUUCCCACUUUUACACGGAAAGGCUAAAUCAUUAAAAUCUGAACAGGAAGCCGUACAAACGAUGAAAUUGGCUGAAAUGGAGAGAUAUGUGUCGACGAGAUUGCAAAAAACUAGAGAUACGACUCAACAAUUGGCGUUUCAUAUAUCUGCGUGCCAGACUAUCGCCGAUACUUUGGGUUCCGAGUUUCAAGCCUUGCAAACAAUCGAAAAACUAAUGCUUGACUGUAGAGACAGAAAAGAAUGUCUGAGUUAUAUAGAGAGAAAUAUAGAUGAGCAUGCGUUACGAUGUUUGCGUCUUCUAUGUCUGUUGUCCAUUACUACCGAUGGUAUUACACAAAGUGAGCUUCAAAAUAUCCAAAAACUGCAUCUCCAUACUCACGGUUAUCAGCAUAUUCCAUUAUUUUACAAAUUACACACCAUUGGUUUGUUAAAGCAUAGAACCGAAAAUAUUUUAAACAAAUUACCGAACCGAAAUAGCGAAUGGAGCAACAAUGCGCAGAAAUUAAAGAUGUUACCAAAUUACUCUAAACGAUCCGAUCAGAACAGUCGUAUCUGUCCUAGUUAUGUGUUCAACAACGCUUAUAUACCUGCCAUAGCACAGAUAUUAAAUAUUGUAUCCAAUCAAGAGAAGGAUCCUCGCAGCUUCGAGGACUUGGUAAAUUUGUCAAAUUGUGUUGUAAAAGGUUCACGGGGCACAUUAUCGCCAAAGAUGGUCGUAAUUUGCGUGAUAGGAGGCCUCACGUGCGCAGAAAUAGCGGCCUGUCGACUCAUCGAAAAAUCUACAGGAAUACGUCUCAUCCUUGCGUCCGACACCAUUUUAACGGGUAACAAACUUAUCCAGAGAAUACAAGAAAUAUGAAGACUUUUGUGAUCUUCAUCGGUAAUGUAAGAUAUUGUAUAUAUUAUUAUCGAUUUUAUUAUCGAUAUUAUUUAU